UCUCGCAUAUUUAUUUUGAUUAGGUCUGUUUUCAUUUACCCACUUGUUCUGUUUUAUACUCAAAACUCUAAAACAUAUCGCGUUGAAUAUUAAAAUACUUGUCAAUAGCAGACAACAAACCGGUAGACUAAAUGUUUCACAAUGCAUCGGAAUCAACAAAAUUUAAACUAUUAUGGAGCCACUCAGAUCAAGGAAUUCGGACUUUUCCUGGAGGAAUACGACCUCCAGCUUCAGAGAAUUGGACACAAGAUUUAUGCAAGGGAAGUAGCAUUCCCGACCGUAUCCAUACGAAUAGAUUGUUCGAAGGAGGAUAUAGGCUGCAUGCAGUUGAUAGAUACCGAUAAUAAAAUUUUGAACAAAAUCCUCUAUUCGUUCAGUGCCUUAUGCCAGGAAGUAGAUUGCCUGAAGGAGGAAUUCGAUGGAUGUUUGCAGGAGUUUUUGUGCUUCGAUGAAGCGCUGGAUCGCAAUACGGAACAGUUACGCGAGGAGAGUACUGUCACCGUGUCGCGUUCAUCUUUGCUAGCGAUAAGCGACAAAUUUGAACUGUUCACCCGUAUUAAAUGCUAUUUCGAGAGAAUAGUUGAAGUGGCCGUCAUCAUUGUACUGCAGCUAGGGGCACUUUUUGACGACGCGAAUAAAAUCAGCCAGUUCAAUCACUCCAACUGGGAAAUGGAUCCCAUGUUCAAUUGUUUAGCAGAUUUAGUUUUACUACCUUUACUGUUUGAUGAGAUUUUGAGAAGCUCAACCUUUCAGACUUAUUGGAAAUUCUACGUAAAGCAGAUUAGGUCUCUGAAAAUUAAUUCGAAUAAGCUUGGUAAGCCACUCGGAACAGAGCAAAUUACUGAUCUAAAUAAAGCUCUUGACGAAAUAUCAAUAUGGUUCGACGAAAAUGCUUACAAGCAUAUUUUGGAAGCGUUGUUUAAUGCCAAACAGAAAGUGGUACUAGAAUCAGCGACUUUACUAUCCGAGAAAUUCGUUAGGUAUCUCAGGCAUCGUUUAUCCGAAGCAGCUUCCUAUAAUGCUUAUUCCUCAUGCAAUGACGAAGUAGCCAAUGUCAUAAAACUGAAUGCAAUGGUGAAUUUGUAUCAUUAUAUAUUCGUUAGCAUCGAUGGUAAAAUUCUAAAAGGAUUGUUGGACGUGAAUGAGAAGUUUUGUGGCGCACCCAUAAUAGGUAAAGUCGUGUGGGUUCCGGAUGAGUUUUUUCGUAGAUACGGCCACAAGACUAUCCGCGAUUGUGAUCGGAAUAACUACCAGAAAGCACGAGAGUUGUAUCAAGCUCGUAGGAAGAAGACUUUGACAAAAGAUAUUUUUAUUUACUGUGUUCAGAUCAGUAGCUGGUUGGUGAGAGCAAGUGCCGCCUUCAAGACAACGAAGUCUGACACAACUCUAGAAACUUUACGCCAGAAAUGUGAAUUAAUCUUUGAAGGGGUGCAUUAUUGCCAAGAAAUUAGUUUUCUUGUGCAAUCUAUUACGUCGUUACAUGUAUAUAUGGAUGAAUCCAUCAGCACCCAGUUGUUUCAAUGCGUAGGAAAAUUAAUCGAAUAUCUGCAAUGUUUGUCGAAUUUUUUCGACAGUCAUCAACAAGCAAUUGCAGAGACCAAUCAGUUUGUUAUCCAACAUUUGCAACAUAAAAUUUGCGUCAUCGUAGGACAUUCGAAGAAAAAAAUUAUCUAUGAAGCCAAACAAGCGAAGCUGAAGAAAAGUGAAGCAAUCGUUGACAAGCUAUCUGCUUUUCACGUGAUUGAACGGUGUGUAAGUGGACCUGCGAAUCGUACCAGAUUAGCUAUUGCCAGUUUGGCAUUCUCAAUAACUGAUCCUCGGCAAACAAUGACCCCAGAAAGCUAUGAGAAAAUUCGCGUCCUUUUGGACCAACUCAAUACGUUAUCCAAUCUUCAGUCAAAGCUACGUCGUUUGUGCGAUACGAAGAUUCUCUUCUGGCAUUCAUCGUUUUUUGCCCAUUACGUAGCUGAUUAUUAUGAACAGAAUUUGUCCCAGAACAACAUCAAGUACAUAGCACAAUCCGCUUCAACGUGCUGUGAUACUUUGAGGAAGAUUUCCUCUGAUAAAGGUACGCUAAAUGUAGUCGUCAAGCUAGAGAAACAACAGAAGAAAUUUUUCAACGACAAUUUAAUAGACCAAAUAAGCAAUCAUAUCGAAUCGUACAUACGCCUCGAUUAUUACGGCAAAACGGCGCAAAUAGAGCCUGUCAACCCAUUCAACGAUAGCGCAUUGAAGUUAAGCAACAUACACUCCCUGGUGCACGUGGAGCCUUUUCUAGUGGGGAGUCAAUAUCAUUACGUUAAAGAGUACGUAAAGAAUCAUCUAAGCUGCACGUAUUACGCAUUAGCUUCCAUUUCCCAGCACGAUUGGAAAAUUUAUAAGGAAAUGCGCUGCCAGGCGGCAACGUACAAGAUUGACACCAUUGAGGAUCAGUUGCCGAAGCAAACACUUGAGCAAGGCUUAGAUGUGCUGGAAAUUAUGCACAACAUCGAACAUUUCGUUAGUCAUUAUGUGUACAAUUUGAACUUCCAAAUAUUCAUUGAACAAUUCAGCAGCAAUAAUUUCCUAAACACGGUCAACAUCGAACACAUCGCUAACUCGCUGAGGAGGCAUGGCAGUGGGAUAAUAAAUACAACUGUCAACUAUACAUUCCAAUUUCUACGACAAAAGUUUUUCGCCUUCUCGCAUUUCCUGUACGAUGAACAAAUAAAAGCUCGACUGACAAGCGACGCCAAAUACUUCCUUGAAAACGCGGAUGCUCUGAACCAAACCUAUGACUAUAACCGCGCUCAUCAGUUCAAUAGGAAGAUAAAAAAUCUUGGCUUGUCCGAUACUGGAGAAACAUACAUGGAUUUGUUCCGCAAAUUGAUUUCUCACAUUGGCAAUGCGAUUGGUUAUAUACGUAUGAUACGAUCGGGGGCCUUGCAUGAGUGUACGGAAGCGAAAGUAUAUUUACCCAUAAUCGACGAAGAACUGAACUUCGCCAAUUACGCCAAGGAGGAGGAACUUCAUGAAAUGACUGUCAGUGCGGCUGAGAUACUAGAAUUGGAUAUCAACAGUCUUUGUCAGAAUUAUAGGAUUGAUACCAACUACUUUCGGUUGCUGGUCAACGCAUUUUUAAAUCUGCGUCAUGCCGAGAACAUUCAUCUUCAAACAUUCUAUAUGAUCAUUCCACCGUUGACGAUAAACUUUGUGGAGUACAUCUUGAAGGCAAAGGAAAAGUUAGCCAAACGAGAUAAAAUGGGUGCCUUAUUUACAGAUGAUGGAUUCGCCAUGGGAAUCGCUUAUAUUUUAAAACUGCUGGAUCAGACGUCCAAAUUCAACUCACUGCAUUGGUUUCGCUCGGUAAAAAACAAAUACACUAAAGAAAUUGAAAAAUUAGAUACACAGCACCAACAGACGAAUGACGGUGACAAAUUGUUACAAACUUUUGCUCUUACUAGGCGACGACUCAAUAUGGUCCAACAGGAAUUCGAUCUUCUAUUUUGUAAUCUGAGUAGUGCGAAAGUGUUCUUCAACGAUGCAGUUGACUAGUUUGUGUUGCCCGAGAAAAAAAAAAGCUGAUCAUUAAUAUCAUUUAUAGAAAAGUGAUUUUGAACAAAACAUAUUUUUGUUAAUUCAAGGUUCUGACGUCCAAUGGGGCCAUUUUUUAAUUUCUUCGAAAAGCAUACGUCCGGGACUCUCCGUUGCACUGCACUGACAAUGCGCCACUAGUUUAUAAUCUGGUUGGAUGUAACCUUCUUGAACUCCCCUAAAAUACAAUUUCACGUACGUACGUAGCGAUAAGUUCAGUCAGAUCGAAUUAUACCUCUCAAUAAGCAAUUUACAUGCCUCGAGCGCAACUCUAGCGGGAAGCUCAUUCAUGUAGCAGCCCACAAAGCUGAUACCGAUCGAGCGUGUAUUGUAGCCGUACGUGUGUGCCCCGAGUCCCGUCCAACUCCGGCCUUCGUAGACGUUUCCAUCGUUUCCAACCAGGAAAUUGUAAGCAAUGUCAUUCCAUCGUCUCGAUUCUAUAUGGAAGCAUUGAAUGUUCCUAACCAUGUAUACCAUAUCAGCUUGGGUGUCGGCUGAUUCGGUGGCCGUAUGUGCUAAAAGUAAUUGAGUGAGGUAAACAUAUCAUACUUAUUCUAAUGGCAGGUUGCAUUCGUACAGAUGACUACGUAGGGGACAGGAGUUUCUAGUGCUUGAUGGUCCAAUGCUGGCUGCGCAAGCCAUGUCCGGCGAUUAACCAUGCGUAGUACUGUGGUAUCAAUAUUUUUCGCUGGAUCCAAGAAAGU